CGCACCUACGUGCUUGCGUAGCCACGGCCCCUCCCAACCAGGCGCCUUCCCCGUCGCCUCUCUCAAUAUGUCCGCAGAACGGAAGCGGGCCUUGCGGUCCCUCCUCUUCCGGAAGCAGCUGUCAGGGUGAUCCGCUCAGAGGGCGCAAGAUGGCAGCGGCCUCUGUGACCGUGGCGGCGGCGGCGGCGUUGGCGGCUGAGCGGGCGGCGGGCGCGUCCUUAUCCUUUCGGCGAGGCCCGGCGGGGGCGCUGCGGUUGCUGCAGGUGAGCGAGACCGGAGUGUCCGGGAGGGGAGGGGCUCCGCAGCGGUUGGCCUCGGGAGGCGGCUAGUCCUCAGUGAGGAAGAGGAGGAAGGUGCCGGCCAGUCCUGUCCUCCGCCCUCCUGGCUCCGAGGAACGUGGCUGCCUGGGCGGCUGGGUCCGACCCUGGAGGCUUUUGCCGAGGGAGCAACAGAAGCGGCGUCCUCCCAAUUUAAAAUAUAUCUUCAAAAAUAUUGUAAUAUUAAAGACUGUUAGAAAGAUGUCGGAAAAAGAAAAUUUAGGCAGUUUUGGUAGAUAUGACAUUAAGGAUUAAGCAAAAAUGAGUUGAUGAAAUUGAUGAAACAGAGGAUGUUUAAUUAUAAUAUUUUAAAUUAAAAUACGUAAAUGAAAAUAAGGUUGGAAGGAUUUGCUGGAAAAAAUGAUCUGAACUAGAAUACAAAAUUGGGAGGUGAGAGGAGGUCAAGGAAAUAAGUAAAGGGAAAAAGUUAUGUAAAGGUUUAAUUUGUUUUUGUUUUAAUUUAAUUUAAUGUAUUUUUAUAUUUCUUGUCUUGCUUAUUGUUCUCAUUUUUCUUUUUACUUUGCUCUGUUAUGGAAAAAAAUUUUUUUUUGUAUUUCUUUUUAUAUUUUGUACUGUUUUUUUCUCUUUUUGUAAUCUUAAACUUGGAAUAAAUAUCAUUUUCAAAAAAAAAAAACAGAAGCAGCGUCCUCCUGGCCGCCCAUAGCUGUCAAGGUUUCCCUUCUUUUAAGGGAAAUUCCCUUAUUCCGAAUAGGAUUCCUUGCAAGUAAAGGGAAAAGUUGACAGCUAUGCGGCCGCCCCGCUCCCCAUCUUCAUUCCUGACCGCUGUAGCCGGAGGGGCGGAUGGGGACUCUGCUUGCAGCGGCGAGGGGCUGGAGGGGCAGAGGCUGAUGCCUGGGCUGCCAAAUUGAGUAAAAUUUGGAGGGGGCAUUGAAUGGCAGUGUUCAUCGACUUGGGGGGAGGAAGUGAAGGGCCCUUGGCCCCUAGGAGUUGGCUCCUAUGUCUCCACUCUCAAAUGGGGGGAAGCACCCACCACCAAAUGCUACGGACAGCUGCGGCAACGGGGAGGAGAGAGCAGCAGCUGUAGUCUGCCAGGCAAUGGAGGAGGGCAAGGGGCCCCUACCAACUGUGUCUGCAUUGCUUCAAGUGAGGCACCCUCAGUCCAAGUCCCCCCACCUGUAGUGCAAAAGAGACAUCAUGUUGAUGGUAGUAAACUCUGGCUGGCCCCAAGCGCACCCUUGUCUCAGAAAUGAAACUGUUUGUCCAGCUGUGCAUGCCUCUUGCUCAGGUCUCAGGUCUCCUUUCCUUCUUCCCUGGUGUACAGGUUUGCCGCAGGGCACACGCAGCAGCAGCUGCCGCCGCCGCUCCUGACACACAGACAGCCACCCGCAUUAAGAAGUUUGCAAUAUAUCGGUGGAACCCGGACAACCCCGGGGAGAAACCUCGUAUGCAGACAUAUGAAGUUGAUCUGAACAAGUGAGUAGUGCUUUGAAGAAGGGGCUGGGCAAGACCCCUCUGUCCUCCGCCAAGGGAUGUUGCCCACCCUUGGGUGCUCCUGUGCAUCAUGUUAUACAAUUAUAACAUGUUACACAACAAUUUAUAUGUUAUGUAACAAUUAUAACAUGUUAUGCAAUACACACACAGCCAGGAGUAUACAUACAUAAAUGCAUAAUCCCAAAUAUCUCCUUUUGCCUUCAAAUAAAAUGGCAUCCAUCUCUAAAUCAUAAGAAUGAAACGAAAACACAGAACAAGUCCAAGGCCAAGUUUAGCUUGUGGUCAACCCCAGAGACCCUCUCCAGUCACAUAGCAGGAAAUUCUUCCUGAGGAAGUGGACUUGUCAAAAGAGCCAAUAUCUAUGUAUAAAAGAAAAAGGUCCUUUACAAUAGAUUCUGGUGUCAAGGUAUCCACCAUUUCAGGCCAGGCCAGGAAGGGCAAUUAUCAGGUAUUGUCAGCCAUCUUGAUUGACAGACUUGUCAUGUAUCUGUGAUGUUUUGGGGUGGUCUUUCUGUAAAAGGGGGGUGAAUACUUUCUGAGGUUUUAAAAGAUGUUACACACCUUUGCUUGGGGCUUCUCACCUCUCUCACAAGGCGGGGUAGCGGGGAGGGACUCUGUUUGCAAACGGAACGGCCAAUAAAGAAAAGGCAGCCUUGCUUUCUACUGCCUGGUCUUUCCUCCAUUUUCGUUUAUUUCUUUGACCAACAAGGCCAUCCAUUGAGGGAGGGGAGGGCUGUAUAGCAAUUAUAACAGUGCAAUCAGUGGCAGCAAGCAAAGGGCGUUGGUAUCAGGUGUUGAGGCACAAAAAUGAAGGUGCCUUCAGUUUGGUAACCCAAGAUGGAGGCAUUCAUCAGAGCAUGGGAAAAUUGUAGCAGGCACCUUCAGCAGGGCCACACGUUAAGUCAGGCCAACUUAGCACACAGAAAUGUAGCUUGCCUCCAGUUGGACUUCGCUUCAGAGCAGCCACUUCCUGCUUUUCAAAAACAUGUGAAUUACUGCUGCUAGCAAGUGACCUGGCAUCAUAUUUGGUGGCUUGGACAGGUUGUGACCUUGCUGUGGUAAUGCAGUGACAUCUUUCUUCUGUUUUAACCCAUUUCCUUUGCUUUAAGAACACACUGUGGAGAGUGUGUAGUGGGGGGCCCAUAUAAGGAAGGAGAGCAGUGGACUUAGAGAUGAGCAGAGAACUUGGUAUUUCUCUUUCUAGAUGUGGACCGAUGGUUCUUGAUGCCCUGAUCAAGAUUAAGAAUGAAAUGGACUCCACCCUGACCUUCCGCAGGUCUUGCAGAGAAGGUAAACUUGUGCCUUGUUUGCUGUCUUCUGGGAAGCCCAGGUGGGCUCAGGUGAACGAUGGUCAAGGCAAGGCCCACCUCCUACCUGUUCACACUUUCUGCUGUCAGAGCAUUUGAGCAACUUGAUUUAGAUUGGCCUAAAUGGGAGAGAGUCACCUCUCUCCAUGACCUGCUAAAACCUUGUGAAGAGGCCAAAUUCUGAAACACAUGGCAGCUUUUGCAAGUUUUGAGGUUGAGAUGGUUAAACCUGUCUAACAAGAUUUAGGAAUCAGAAUUGCUUAAAAGAUUAAUGGUUGAAUCCAGCUAAGUUUUACUCAGCAUAGGCCCAUUGCAGUUAAUGGACCUAAGCUGAUAAUGAGCAUUAAUUUUCAUGGGGCUACUCUGAGUAGGACUAACUCCUAUCAGCUUCAGCAUCGUCUGACCCCAUGGCCAUGACCGAGGCUGAUGAUAGUAGCUGUAGUCAAAAACAGUGGUUUUCAAUUCUAAAGCCAUGGGCUUUUGAAAAUGUUGAUAUCUCUAUGGUAAUUAUUGUAUGUGAAUGCUGCCAUCGACCUCCUGGGUGGGUUAUGUGGACCCCCUGGGGUGCAUGGACCACCGAUUGGGAAUCUCUGGUAUAAAACUUAUGGAAGGCAUCAGGUUGAGGAAAGUAUGCUGGGACAGACCCAUGACUGCCCAGGAAAAAAGGCUUUGGAUAUAACCCCAAAGCUCUUUGGGACAGGCGUUCUCUGUUGUUUAUAAUUAGAUCUGUAAUUGGUAUACAUAACGUGGCUAUAAAUAGCUCUGUUUAAUAACAUGCUCUCUCCGCUUAGGCCUGUUGUAAAACAAGAAGCAAACAAAUGCUGAAAGAGUUUGCACUAUCUCUUCAAAUUGCCACAAGAUUAACUGCUUUUUAAGAGGCUUUGUGGAAAGAGAAGCAAUGCUUCCUUUUGAAAAAUUAAAACAGCUUUGAUGUGAGGAUCUUAGAUGUAGGAAGGUGGAGAUUUUGAGUAGGACCAGGGAAGCGUCUUAGUUCAGUGGCAGAACAUCAGCUUUGCAUGCAUAAGGUCCCAGGUUCGGUCCCCAGCAACUCUGUCAGUCUGAGAGAGACCCCUGCUGUUGUGCUGAUAAUGAGAGCCAGUGUGGUGUAGUGGUUAAGAGUGGUAGUCUCGUAAUCUGGGGAACCGGGUUCGCGUCUCCGCUCCUCCACAUGCAGCUGCUGGGUGACCUUGGGCCAGUCACACUUCUCUGAAGUCUCUCAGCCCCACUCACCUCACAGAGUGUUUGUUGUGGGGGAGGAAGGGAAAGGAGAAUGUGAGCUGCUUUGAGACUCCUUAAAGGGAGUGAAAGGCGGGAUAUCAAAUCCAAACUCUUCUUCUUCUUCUUCUUCUUCUUCUAAUGAAUCCAUGGCCUGACUUGAUGUGAGGCAGCUUUCUGUAUUCCUAUGGCGGGAGGCAGUGAACCGCUGGCCCUGUUGUGACUUGUCCUCUCCUUGUCCUAGGCAUCUGUGGCUCCUGCGCAAUGAACAUUGGUGGAGGCAACAGUUUGGCUUGUACCACGAAGAUUGACACUGACCUUGGCAAGGUCGCCAAAAUAUACCCUCUCCCACACAUGUAUGUGGUGAAGGAUCUUGUACCAGUAAGUUCACACCUUCUUUGUAGCCCAGUUGGCAGAAGGUAUUGUUAUUUCUUUGGAAACAGGAAAACUAAGGAAAUAUAGCAGAAUGUAUCGGGGUGCCAAGUUUUUGUCUCUGAGAUGGCCCCCUGCCCUUGUACGGGGGUGAGGGGCUCUGAGACGUAGGGGGCUGUCCAACUGAGCCCAGCCUUUGCCCCUUCUUGAGUCCGUUGCACUCAAUAAAUGUUUUUUUCCAUUCCAGGACUUGAGCAACUUCUAUGCCCAGUACAAAGCCAUCCAGCCGUAUUUGAAAAAGAAGGAUGAGUCCAAGCAAGGCAAAGAGCAAUACCUCCAGUCCAUAGAAGAUCGGGAGAAGCUGGUCAUUACUCCUCUUUUCUUUUCAUUCUGCUUCAUUGGUGUUUUGGCCUGUCUUAACUUCUUCCCACGGGGAGGCAGCCUCUAGUAUUGGCAGCUGCAGUCUCACCUCCCCGGGUCACCCCCCCUUCCUGUCCUGAGACCCCCAUCACUGAGAGGCCUGCCUGGCUUACUCCACUUCAGGGUUCUGCUCCUCCACUGUCAGAGGAAGCCCUCUCUUGUCCCUGCUUAAGAAGUGCCUCCAGGAACUGAACCCACGACAUUGUGCACCAAGCCCCUGCCACUAGUUUUUAUGGGCACCUAAGAAGAGCCCUGAAGCAGGAUCAGACCCAUCUUGCCCAAUAUCCUCUCUUCCUGUGGGGCAUCUUCAAGCAGGACAGGAGCACACACCACUCUCUGGCCCUUUGGUCCCCAGCAAUUGGCACACGAAGGCUUCUUACCUCUGGCAAUGGAAGUACUGCAUAACCGUAGCUAUCAAAAGCCUUGUCCUCCUCAGUGAAUUUGUCUCAAUCCCCCUUUCAAGCCGUGAAUCUGCCCCACCCCACCUCAGCCUCUCUUUCUGCCCAGGAAGUUGUGCAUCCUUCAUUUUGCUGAGUGGCAGCAGCUGCUGCUGCUCUGGCCUUCGAGGCUGAGGUAGUCUAGGAGAUGAAAAUGGCCUCCUUUUCUCAAGGAGUCCUGCCUGCUCACUCGGAGGCAAAGCUGAGUUGCCUGGGGCAGUUGGGCAGGGGUCUGCACAUCGAGCCUGGCUAAAAGACUGGUGCAGUUCUUAGCGGAGAGGUGGAACCCCCUCUCCCGCUUCAUGCCCCCAAGUGGCCUCCUUCAGCAGAUCACUGACCUUCCUCCCCUUGAAGGGUCUUACAGGAGCCUUUGGGGCAAACCGAGGGUGGCUCAUCUUCAAAGGUCCUUCAGCCUGGAGCCAGGUGGGAGGAGGGCAGUUCCAUUAUGGCGGAGCCUGGAGCCAGGCAGGGGAUCUCCAUGCCAAACAUCCUCUCCCUUUCCUGGAGGGACAUGUAGUGAAACAGGAGCUGCAGUUGCUGCACACAAGCUGUGACACACACACACACACACACACACUGCACAAUUCUUGACUUACAGACUUGCCAUUUGAUGUGAUGACAGUGGUACCCCGUCUUGGGUGGUUUCAGAAGACCUCUAAGUGGCAUUUCAGUGGCCCUGUCAGUGGCUGCUCCUUGCCACUGCAGUUUGGGAGGGAGCUUUCCGUGUUUCAAGGCAGUGCACCCCUGAAAACCACUUGCUAGGGAACAAACUGGAAUUGUGGCAGCCCACCAAGUGCCCUUCCCCUGCUUUUGUUCACUUCACCGGUGGUUGUCUGGGUGGAUUGGGACCCACACAAGGUGUUCCUCUGGUGGGGCUACGCUUCAUUUUCCCUCAUGGCAGAUGCUAAAUAGUCCUUUGACUCUGUGGCUCCUCUUUUGCUCCCUGCCAGGACGGGCUAUACGAAUGCAUCCUCUGUGCCUGCUGCAGCACCAGUUGCCCCAGCUACUGGUGGAACGGAGACAAGUACCUGGGCCCCGCUGUGCUCAUGCAGGUAAAAAGACCAGAGGUGCCCACUGGCUGCCAGGGUGGGGAAGCCCAGAACUCAAUCCAUUGCCAGUGGGCCAGGAAGACUCCUGCCAAUCAUCAGUGGGGUAUGAGGGGAGGGGAGGACCAGGUAUGGGGAGAUGCUCAGUGGUUCUCAGGUUGAAGGAGGGAGAGGCUGUGAUGGACAGGAGCCAGGGAAUGUGUUUCUGGUGGGCCAGCAGGUGGGUGCAGAAGACCCUGGAAAGAGAAGGGGGCGUCAGCUGAAUGGGCAAAAGAUGUCAUGGUGAAAGGCAGAGGGAGGGGGAAGGAGGGUCAGGCAUUAGGGAGACCCCUGGGCAUGUAAGCCCCUCUUCUGUGCAAGCAUUCACACCCAGCACCCUCUUUUUCUGUCUUCCAGGCUUAUCGUUGGAUGAUUGACUCCCGGGACGAUUACACAGAGGAGCGCCUAGCUCAGCUGCAGGACCCCUUUUCCCUAUACCGUUGCCACACCAUCAUGAACUGCACAAAGACCUGCCCCAAGGUGAGGGCUCUCCCCCCUCACCCCGCCAGCACAGUCCACACUGGGGGAAUGGAGGGGAGGGAAGAACCUGCAGUCGUUUCUCUCCCCCUUCCCCCAGGGGCUUGGCCAGAAAUGCUAUUGGGACACUUUGAGAAGGACAUUGGGAUGCUUCUGGCUCCAUGUGAGUCCAGCAGGUACUGACUGUGCGGCUGUUCUGGGCUUGUUUAUGCAGGCUGCUCUGCUGUGUUUUCUUGGGGGCAGCCUCUGGAAAUGGGUGACUCAGUCCAUGUGGGUCAGGGGCAGAUGGUGGCCAGGAUGGGGAACUCGGGGUGUUGCUGCACUCCCAGCAGCCCCAUCAUGCCAGUCAGCAGGGUUGGUGGUCAUGGACUUCUGCAGGUGAGAAUCAUAUUCCAGCAGCACCUUGAGGGCUCUUGUCUCUCCCCGUCUGCCAGUUAUCGUGCAAAGGGAUGAAGGGAGCUCCCUACCUGCUGCCACAUUUCCAUUUGCCUCUUGGAUGAGCAGAUGUUGCCUUCUUGUGUUGGACUUGGCAAUGGGGUUGCACUAGCAGUUGAAGGACUUUCUCCACCUUUCCUGUUCUUGUUUCAGGGGCUGAACCCUGGAAAAGCGAUUGCUGAGAUCAAGAAGAUGAUGGCCACCUACAAGGAAAAGGCAGCCAGCGCCUGACAUCCCUUCAGGGCCUUUGCUUCUCAGCUCCACUUACCCUGCCCCUUGCCGGAAGUUAGCUAACUUAUAUUUGCGGUGUCAGGCCCUGCCCGGUUUAUGUGGGUUUUCUCCACGGGCAUUCAUGUACGAUGAAAGCUUGCAAGGAUUAAUAAAAGUCAUUAGCAAAUCUCU